CCCAGGUUCACCGAAACAGACAAAGCCGUGAAGAAAUCAGCGCAAGCUCAGCAGAACUCUAAGCCUAGGGUCUCAUCGCCGCCCAGAGAGCCAGAGGCCCCUCGAAAGUCGGCGCAAGAGUCUGUCCAGCAAAAAUCCCGGCCGACAAGCGCAAGGGCAGUGAGAGGACCAGUGCCGUCGAAAUGGGCAGCACAAAUGUCAGUCCAGCAAAGGACAAGGGCGGCAAGCUCGCAAUCGGCCAAGCAGCCGGAACUACCCAGACGGCUGUCACAAAUAAUGGCACCAAAGCCCUCAGGCUUCAGGCCAGCCAGGCCAACAUCAUCAACGAACUCAGCACAGCCGACCCAGCCAAAACAGUCCAAGAAGCAGCCCACGCAGAAGUCCAGACGGACGGCAGGCCAGUCAUCUCGCCUGCAAGAGGACAAGAGACGGUGGAUGGGGGCUUUCAACUUGAAGUCAAGCCUGGGCAAGCACCGCAAGAACCAGCAGCGAGAGAAAACCAACCAACACCCCAAAUGGUGAGGGAGAAACAGCCAAACCAAGCCGCGUACGCUAAAACGGAGACAAAAGAAGCUCGCGCCAACCUAGUCCAAGAGGCCGUGAACAGAAAAGCCAAGCGAGUGCGCAAGACAAGGCGUGGCCGUGGAUGCACCCAGGAGCUGGACGUUCUGCUGGACAUGCUCCACGCCACGGUCCGUGAGGACCAGGCAAUGACAUGUCUAGCGCGGCGUGACCCGGCCGAAGUCGAGGCCCAUUGGAAUAAGGUGCGGGAGCAACUGAGGGUUGAGGAUGACGAGGUGUAUGGAGAUUGGACUCCGUGGGGAGGAUGGCGCGACACGCGGCCCGUGUGGAUGAGGUGA